CCACAGCUGCAACAUAAAAGUCAACCGACUCCCCGACAAGAUCAAGCACAAGACCGAAGCAUACCUUCAACGAAGCAUCAAGCCGGCCUUGGCAUGACUCAACCAUGUCGCCUCUUCAUGACCACUCCGCUGAGCUUUUGUCUAAAGUGCCGUCGACACAGACCGCGAGCAAGAGACCCAUGACGAGAUGACUGAUUCCGAAGGUCAUAUCGCCAUUCCAUCGAAGCGAACCAAGCUGAGUGGCACUGGCGAUCGUAUUGUCAACUCCACAAAUAAAACUCGCAACAAGCUGGCACGCAAUGCAUACACCGUGGGCUGGAUAUGCGCCCUUUCGAUCGAAAUGGCCGCUGCGGAGGCCAUGCUUGACGAUGUACACGAGGACCUCUGUACCAAUGCUCACGAUGGAAAUGGCUACCUGCUUGGUAGUAUGGGUAUUCACAACGUCGCCAUUGCCUGUUUGCCAUCAGGUCAGUACGGCACGAUAAACGCAACGAUUGUCGGAAUCGGUGGUGGCGUUCCAGGUCGGUUUGAUGUACGGCUUGGUGAUGUUGUGGUUAGCCAUCCGACGAAAACUUCUCCAGGUGUGGUACAAUACGACUUCGGCAAGACGGAGCAAAACGGCGGCUUCACUCGACAAGGAGUGCUUAACAAACCGCCUCAAGAGCUUCUCACGGCAAUUGCCAAGCUACGGUCACACCAUGGGAUUACUGCUACUGUCAGAUUCAAGGAGCAAACCCCUUCCAAGGCUGCCUGCACCUACCUGGGAGUUGAACAAGAUCGGCUAUUCGAGGCUGAUUAUGAGCAUCUCGGGGACACCUGCAUCAACUGUGACCCAUCCCGGCUCGUGAAGAGGCUGGCGCGGCUCAACGACAGUCCGAUGGUUCACUACGGUACCAUAGCCUCAGGCGACUAAG